AUGUUGCAGUUUAACAUGCAGCGAGAGUUUCCCUUCCUGAAACGUAAAGGCAGAGAGGGGGAAGCAUCAAACAUCCUCCCACAGCCCAACAGGGAGAAGGAUAACGAAGGCAUGCACGUAGACCAGCAGAGUGGUUUUUCUGCUAACGCUCCCUUGAAUACCCAGUCCCUACUGCUACUGGGACCUGAGGGGAAUUACAACUAUUAUGUGGAUGAUGAAGAUGAGGAAGACGAAGAGAAAGAACAAGGCAAAUGGUCAAGUGAAGAUGCAUUUAAGGGAGAAAACAAGGCCCCAUCAUUCAUUCCUUGUUCUCCUGCCCCUUCUGCCAGAGCCCCAGCCACAGCGUCUGCUCCAUCCAUGCUGAACAUCAACGUUGGCGGCCAAAGCUACCGUCUCACCUACCAGGCAGUGGCCAUCUAUCCCAAGACCCGCCUGGGCCGCCUGGCCACCUCCACUGACCAUCGUUGCCAGCUGGGCCUGUGUGAUGACUAUGCUGCCCAGGUUGAUGAGUAUUUCUUUGACCGGGACCCAGCUGUCUUCCAGCUGGUGUACAACUUCUAUGCCUCGGGGGUGCUGCGUGUGCGGGACGAGCUGUGCCCCUGUAGCUUCCUGGAGGAGCUGAGCUACUGGGGUGUGCGCCUCAAAUACACCCCCCGCUGUUGCCGCAUCUGCUUCGAGGAGCGCCGUGACGAGCUGAGAGAACAGCUGAAGGUCCAGCGGGAGCUGCGGUCCCAGGCAGAGGCUGAGGAGAACGAGCAGCUCUUCCACCACAUGCGCUAUUAUGGUCCUCAGCGUUGGCGCCUCUGGAACCUUAUGGAGAAGCCCUUCUCCUCUGUCACCGCCAAGGUGAUGGCAGUGGCCUCCAGCUUCUUUGUGCUCAUCUCUGUGGUGGCCCUGGCACUCAACACUGUGGAGGAGAUGCAGCAGGUAGACUGGAAGAGUGGGGAUAGCCGGCCUGUCUUGGAGCACAUUGAGACCCUGUGCAUUGCAUUCUUCACACUGGAGUACCUGCUGCGCUUGGUCUCUACCCCAGACCUACGCCGCUUUGCCAGCAGCGCCCUCAAUGCAGUAGACCUCAUUGCCAUCCUGCCCCUCUAUCUGCAGCUGCUGCUCGAAUGCUUUACUGAUGAUGACCAGCCCCGGGGUCGAGGCUCUCAGCAUGAGCACGAUAUUGAGAAGGUGGGACGGGUGGGCAAGGUGGGACAAGUGCUUCGCAUCAUGCGCCUCAUGCGCAUCUUCCGCAUCCUCAAGCUGGCCCGCCACUCCACAGGGCUGCGUGCCUUCGGCUUUACCUUGCGCCAGUGCUACCAGCAGGUGGGCUGCCUUUUGCUCUUCAUUGCUAUGGGGAUCUUUGCCUUCUCUGCCAUGGUCUACACGGUGGAGCAUGACGUCUCCAGUACCAACUUCACCAGCAUUCCCCAUGCUUGGUGGUGGGCUGCUGUCAGCAUCUCUACAGUGGGAUAUGGUGAUAUGUGUCCAGAAACUCACCUUGGUCGCCUGUUUGCUUUCCUCUGCAUUGCUUUUGGAAUAAUCCUGAAUGGCAUGCCCAUCUCCAUCCUCUACAACAAAUUCUCAGACUAUUACAGCAAGUUGAAGGCUUACGAGUACACAGCUCUCAAGAAAGAAAGAGGGAAGGUUGACUUCACACGGAGAGCCAUGAAGAAAAUAUCUGAGUGCUGUGGAGAAGGUGCAACCCACCCUUUGUCACAGCAAUGAUACAGUUUGUGCUUUGGAUAUUGGGAGGAAAUGGAGAAGCUGAAGGAGAAAGAAGAAAAACAGAUCAGCCAAGCUAAGUGAAGAUAAACUGAAGAGGCCAAAAGUAACAGAAGUAGAUGGUGAAACCUGUUUCAAAGGGGGUUGUUUUCAAAACUAAAAAGGUUCAGAUUAUGACAAUUUUUUUUUUUAAACUUUGCUAUAUGGUGAGCAGAAUUAAAGCACUCAUCAACUCUC